GUAAACUAUGAGCUCGACCACUGCCGCUGCAAAGACCCGGGCCUACGGAGACCUGAAGGAGUCCAUCAGCACCAAGGACUGCUACUGUUUGAAUGAGGACCCGAACAAGCCCUUCCGUAAUCUCUUCGCGGGCGACGACUCGCUCGUCCUCAAGUCGGACGCCGAUGAACAAUUGAUGUUGUAUCUUGAGUUCCAGGAUGCUGUCAAGAUCUUCUCGCUCAACAUUGUCGCGCCACAGGGUGAGGAGGCGCCACGCGUCAUCAAACUGUAUGUGAACCGCCCCAAUUUGGGCUUCUCGGACGCUGGAGACGUGGAGCCCACGCAAACCAUCGAACUUAAGGAGGAGGACCUCUUGCCCGAGAACGACGUGGAGCUGCGCUUCGUCAAGUUCCAGCGUGUAAAAAGCGUCUCCGUCUUCGUGGAGGAAAACUACGGGGCCGAAGAGACCGUGCUUUCCAGCCUCAAAUUCUUUGGCGAACCCCUGGCCGGGACCAACAUGAACGAGCUCAAGAAGAUCAGCGACGAAUAAAAAAAUGUGCAUGUCCAGUCUCGCAAAUUCCCCAAAUAUCACGAGAUGUACCCAUUUC